CCGAGAGAGACGAUGGAGGGGAAAGGGAAAGAGAUAGCUGUUAGACCGUCCAUUAACAAAUCAAGUGUAGAGUGUCACAAAUACUACUUGGCGCGUCGAACCACCAUGGAGAUGCUCCGAGACAGAGGAUACGAUGUCUCUGACGAAGACAUUAACCUCUCCCUCCAACAGUUCCGAACGCUCUAUGGCGAAAUUCCUGACAUAAAUCGACUCCGUAUCUCCGCCGAACAUCGUUUAGAUUCAACUAAAAAGAUUGCGGUCAUGUUUUGUGGAACUGGUAUGGUUAAAGUCAAUGAGAUGCGAGGCAUUGCAGCGGAUGUUCUUAACCGAGAAAGUAUAAGCGGAUUGAUACUGGUUCUGCAAGGUCACAUAACAAAUCAAGCUCUAAAAGCCGUUGAUCUUUUCACGUUUAAGGUCGAGUUAUUCGAGAUAACCGAAUUGCUGGUUAACGUAACCAAACAUGUCUUAAGGCCAAAACAUCAGGUUCUGAAUGAUCAAGAGAAGGAAUCACUUCUCAAGAAGUUCAGUAUCGAGGAAAAACAACUUCCUCGGUUGUCGACUAAAGACCCGAUUGCGCGAUACUAUGGACUAGAGACAGGGAAAGUCAUGAAGGUCACAUACAAAGACGAGCUCAGUGAGUCGCAUGUUACAUACCGAUGCGUCGGAGAAGGUGCUUGCGUCCGAUAAAAGAUUGUUGUCGCCGGUUUGCCACCUCUGGUCACUAGUGUUUCCCGUCGUACUUCUGGUGGUAUCUG